AUGGAAGCCUCGUUUGUGAUUAUCGGAGGCGGUAUUUCGGGCGUGACUUGUGCGGAACAGGUGUAUGCGUUGGCGCCGCAGGAAAGCGUGGUUCUCAUCACCGCGUCGCCCGUUGUCAAGACCGUGUCGAAUGUGAGCCGACUCACGCGCCACCUGGAAGCCUUUGACGUGUCGGAGAAGCCCCUGGCGUGUCUGGAGCAGAAGCUGACGAACCUGACUGUCGUGAGGGGAUUUGCGCACGAGAUUGACGUUGACGCGAAAAUCGUGAGGCUGGUCAAUGGUGCAGAGGUGCGAUACAAGAGGUUGUGCGUGACAACGGGCGGACAGGCCAGGAUGGUGGCCCAGCAUCCGCUCGUGCUCGGCAUUCGGGACACAGAGUCGGUCCGCGUGUUGCAAGGCAAGCUGCGUGGCGCCCGGCGAGUCAUGAUCAUUGGCAACGGCGGCAUUGCGACGGAACUGGUAUACGAACUCGAGGGCCUGGAAAUUGUGUGGGCCAUCAAGCACUCGUCCAUCUCAGCCACGUUUGUGGAUCCGGGAGCAGCCGAGUUUUUCCUCUCGAGGCUAGAAGGCAAAAGGAAGGGAAAAGAGGAGGGGGAGGAGGAUGAUGAUGAUGGCGGCGGCGGAGUGCAGGACAGGAAGCCGGAAGGAGGAGCGUGUGGCAGUGCACUCGGGCCCGACUGGCACCACGACAUGCUGUUGUCGUCGGGUGAGGGACACUCGAGUCGGAAAGUGGUUAUUUUGGAGAAGGAAUGCUGGUUGGACCGUCUGUUGAGUCCGGAAGAGGCCAAGGGGGAGGAAACAACUGGCGAUUGGCCUGUGUUUGUCAAGCUCAGCAACGGGAAGGUGUACGGCGUGGACUUUGUGGUGUCGGCGACGGGAGUGGAGCCGGUUGUGCCCAAGGUGGUCUCGGGACAGUCGAUGGCCCUGGCCAUGGCGCCGGAUGGCGGCAUCUUGGUGGACGACCGACUCAGGUCCAGUGUGACGCAUGUGUUUGCUGCCGGCGAUGCUUGCACUCCCAACUGGCCCCUGGCCAAGCACUGGUUUCAGAUGCGCCUGUGGAGUCAGGCCAGGACCAUGGGUGCCUACGUGGGGCGGUCGAUGCUGGCGGACCUGAAGCAGGACGAAGGGGAAGACGACGCUCUCAUGGAGUUUGCAUUUGAAAUAUUCGCCCACGUGACGCAGUUCUAUGGCUACAAGACCGUGUUUCUUGGCCUGUUUAACGGCCAGGGCCUCGGCACUGACUAUGAAAUCCUGCUCCGAGUCACGAAAGGAAGAGAAUAUGUCAAGACUGUGAUGCAAGACGGGAAAAUGCAGGGAGCCCUGCUCAUUGGCGACACCGGGCUGGAGGAGACGUUUGAGAACCUGAUUUUGAACCAGUUGGACUUGAGUGUUUAUGGAGAGGAUUUGUUGGAUCCCGGCAUAGAUAUUGAGGAUUAUUUUGAUUGA